UCAGCAUGUCCCCAAAGCAGAGGCAACACAGACAGCAGUUGCAAAAACAUUCACCUGUUCAUCCGAUACAUGAUUUCAGCGAAUCUAUUAUAGUUAUUUACGAAUAGGAAACGUACCGUUAUUGAACUACUGCAAGCAAACAUGUGGCUGCAUGUUAGGCUAUCAGAAGUAUGCAUUUUUCUACAGGCUAUGUUUAUUUUAGCGUGUUGUUUCAGUGAUAUGGAAUCGGGGCCUAUCGCGACGAGUGGCUCUGUUCAACCAAACGGAGAUCGUUUCAAAAUCGAGGGUCGGGCAAUCGUACCAGGGGUGAAAACUCAAGACUGGAUUUCGUCAGCCCGAGUCACGGUAGAGGGAGAAGAGUAUAUAGGCUUCUUGAGAACUGAUGGAAGUUUUGUCGUUAAUGAUGUUCCUUCGGGAUCCUACGUUGUGGAAGUGAUCUCACCUGGAUACAAAUUUGAAGCAGUCCGCGUGGACAUCACGUCUAAGGGGAAAAUGAGGGCCCGCCUGGUGAACUUCAUCAAGACGUCUGAGGUGAUCCGGCAGCCGUACCCGCUCCAGCUGAGGUCCUCUGGGCCACACACCUACUUCAUGAAGAGAGAGACCUGGGGGUGGACUGACUUCCUCAUGAAUCCCAUGGUCAUGAUGAUGGUCCUUCCUCUGCUGAUUAAUGCAUGUCUCUGUUUCCCCAGGUCAUGAUGCUGGUCCUUCCUCUGCUGAUUAAUGCAUGUCUCUAUUUCCCCAGGUCAUGAUGCUGGUCCUUCCUCUGCUGAUUAAUGCAUGUCUCUAUUUCCCCAGGUCAUGAUGCUGGUCCUUCCUCUGCUGAUUAAUGCAUGUCUCUAUUUCCCCAGGUCAUGAUGCUGGUCCUUCCUCUGCUGAUUAAUGCAUGUCUCUAUUUCCCCAGGUCAUGAUGCUGGUCCUUCCUCUGCUGAUUAAUGCAUGUCUCAGUUUCCCCAGGUCAUGAUGCUGGUCCUUCCUCUGCUGAUUAAUGCAUGUCUCUGUUUCCCCAGGUCAUGAUGCUGGUCCUUCCUCUGCUGAUUAAUGCAUGUCUCUAUUUCCCCAGGUCAUGAUGAUGGUCCUUCCUCUGCUGAUUAUCGUCUUGCUACCUAAGGUUGUCAAUACCAACGACCCUGAGAUGAGGAAGGAAAUGGAGCAGUCAAUGAACAUGCUUAACCCCAACCCUGAGCUACCUGACGUGUCGGAGUUCAUGACCAAGCUGUUCUCUGGCUCCAAGAGCUCCAGCAGCAAGGCUAUAGGUGGCAGCAAGGCUAGUGGCCGCCCAGCAGUCAAGAGGAGGUAGUACCAGAACAUUACAUGUACCUCGGGCCUGAGGAACUACUGUAACUGGUCAUGCCAUGGAAAUUAUAAUACGAUUUUUAAAAAAAGAGCUUUUUCAUUCAUCUGUACAAUUAUUUUUUGAGCAGGGGUUUUUCCCUCGUCUGAAAUACAAGUCUGUAAGUGAAAUGACUGUGGAUAUCACAAGGCUUGAGAUGGAUGUUUAUUUUUUUUUUGCACUGGUAACUUCAACUCGAUAUAAAAGAAAGAUUUUACUCUUCAUUUGAUGUUUUGUGUUGUACCUGUGAGUGACUUUAUGCCUGCUUGGUCCCUUCAUUAUAGUCCUUAUCGUUUAACCCUCGUCUCCUUGGGUAAAUGGGAUAAUAACAGUCUCUAACAACCCGUGUGUGUGUGUGUGUGUGUGUGUGUGUGUGUGUGUGUGUGUGUGUGUGUGUGUGUGUACUACUUUAGUCCUAUGUCAAUUCUAAUUCUUCCACUACUUGAAUGAGAGCUUAUAUGACAUUUUCCGAGAUGUUCUUCUUUUUCUGAGUUAGGGCUGAGGUAAUAUGACUGUGAACGGACUGUACAAAUAGAUUGCAUUUUAAUUAUUAAACAGACUUAUUUAAAUACCAAUGUAAAAUAAAAUGUAGAUGGUGGAACUGUC